CUACUUCCGCCUCUUUUUCGAAGACGACUUGCUAAGGAAAGUUGUGACUUUUCGUACUUUUUUGCCAAUUCACGUUUCGUGUCAAGAACCCAAGACUUAAACAUGCGUUACGUGGCUGCUUACCUUCUGGCCGUGCUCGGUGGCAAGGACACCCCCGCCAGCGGCGAUCUGGAGAAGAUCCUGAGCUCCGUGGGCAUCGAGGUCGACGCUGAGCGUCUGACCAAGGUCAUCAAGGAGCUGGCCGGCAAGAGCAUCGAGGACCUGAUCAAGGAGGGUCGCGAGAAGCUCUCCUCGAUGCCGGUUGGCGGUGGUGGCGCUGUGGCCGCCGCCGAUGCCGCCCCCGCUGCCGCCGCCGGUGGCGACAAGAAGGAGGCCAAGAAGGAGGAGAAGAAGGAGGAGUCCGAGUCUGAGGACGACGACAUGGGCUUCGCCCUCUUCGAGUAAGCGGUUCAGCUGGCUCACAAAAGUGGCGAAUAUUCUGUGCUAAACACUUGCAAGGCAGAGGAGGAGGAGGAGGAGCACCGGCCAUUGCGACCAUUGUCUAGCCAUCCGAUGACCAAUUCUACGAAAUAAAAAUCUGCAGUGUUUGCACUUUAUAUAAACCAAA